AUGGCUGGAUUUGAAAAUAGGUUGAGCCGUAGAAAAGGUAAACAUGGUGGCGAUACAUUUAGGUUAGAUACUAAAAAUAAAACACCUGAAGAGAAUAUAAUAGAAAUAUUACAAGGUCUGUAUUCAAAAAAAUCAUUCCACAAUGAUGCUUCACCAACAAAUAAGAAUUUGCCCUCAGAAUUCAGAUUAGGUUUUAGAAUUCAAAGAAGUAGUUCUGACAGCUAUAGAUGGUCUUAUUUAGAAGCAUUAGUCACACUACUUAAUAAAGAAGACAAAAAUAAUUUGGGAUUUACAUCAGAUGAAUUAAUGACUUGUAUUCGCAUAAGUCUUGUAGAUGAAUCAAUAGUAAUAAGAGCGGCGGCUUUAAGAGUUCUGCGAUAUUUAAUAAGAACAGAGAGUGAUGUUGCAACUUUCAACACAUUGAAGUUACCAUAUCUUGUUAUAAGAUCAAUGGACCUUAUGCUUCAUAAUGAAGAAGAGCGUGCUCAAGCAUUGAAGGUUGUCCGUCGAGUGAUAGCAGUAGUGGGCGCUAUAGAGCAGGGGCAAAGACGUCACCGUGCGGCGUACAUCGAUCCAGGGCUUCUGCGAUGUCUCGCGGCUGUUGCUAGGGCUGGAACUGCUGGGGAUGGCAAUAGUAACAGAUUGGCCAGGCCUGCUAUUGCUACCUUAGCUGAAAUAUGUGUUCUAAAUCCAGACUUGUUCAUAACUUGUGGAGGGGUAACAGCAGUUACUAGGCAGUUGGCAGAAUGUGCCACGCCACGUAUGGCGGAAGCGUUAUGUGGUGUUCUGUUGCAUACCCUAAACGACCCCAAGUCACGAAUUGCCGCUAGAAUAGACUUAACGUGUCUUAAUUCACCAUACUGUGAUUUUCAAUUUAAACCUGCCGGCUCGGACUCAAGCAGAGAUGAGCGUGAGAUGCGUUUCACAUGCAGUCGGUUAGCUCUACUGUGCGUACUACGUAGUUGGCCCGGACUCUUGCACUUCUGCCACCCGUACAGUACCGGCGGCCUGAGGGCGCUGGUCGCUGCCCUGUACUUGCCCAGGCUAGAGGUCCGAAAGGCUAUAUUGGACUUGCUUUAUGAGUUGGUGGGAUUGCCUCAGCCUGAGUGGACAGAUGAAAUUUCUGUAGCUUUAGAUGCGGUUGACCCUUCAGAUUUUCAAGACUCUUGGCGUUUAAAUGAGGGCUUCGUUGUAGCUGAAGGCACGGCUAUUCUGCCACACCUCGGUGCCACUGGUUCCGAUAUACUUGAGAUUCAUCUUGCCCUUUUACUUCAGUGUUUCUUAGAGGCUGGACUUCUUGACGGAUUAGCUGAAGUAAUUGUGACAAGUGACACUUUUAUAUCGGUCAGGGCCACUGUACUACUCGGCCAGUUGCUGCAUCUAGUACAUUUGUUCCUCCCUCCACAAAUAUGCAGCGUGACCCCUGCUCUGCCCUCGCUCAUAGCCCAAGCGUCUGCCGGGAAACCACAAGCCUUAGCUGCUGUCGCCGCCUUGAGACGACUCCAUUCUAUGCUCGAAGCCAGACCCGCCAGCAACAGCCUGUUCCUAGACCAUAUUAUACAGUAUUGCAGUGGAGCAUAUCAGACUAAAAUUGAAGAUACGUCAAAGAGUCGCAAAGAAAAGGACAACGCUAGCAUGGCUAAGCCCAAACAUCAAGAUUUACAUAGAGACAGUAUUGAGUUCCUGAACGAAUCUGAUACGGAAAUUGAACCGAAACAACGUCACAGUGUGGGCUCCAGAGCAGACGUUCCUAUGAGAAAUGUUAGUGCUUUAGUGAAAAGUAAAAGUGUCAGUUCAAGGACUAGUGGUGCAGUGAGUAAAGUGACCAAAUCGACCAAAUUCUUCAGUUUGUUCGAAAGAGACAGCGACAGUCUUAUUCGUUCUUCCUUCGUCAUGCAAAACAAAGAUGGGAAUACAUGGAAUUGGGAAAUAAUUCGGACAAUAUUAAAGGAGACAGAAAGUGCACCAUUAUUAAAUUUGAACGACAGUGGGCAUCGAGUGUGGGCCUGUCGUAUUAUAAAUUAUCUAAAACCAUCGUCCAACAAGUAUUCCCACACGGACUUGUCGACGACUUGCAAUGGGCAUUCAGCAACUCGCGCCGGCUGUCAGUUGAUACGACAUCUUUUAAGGCAUAAUGAUAUUGAUUCGCAAAGGCUCCUGGAGGAGUUUUUCAAUGACGUCAGUCGACAAAUCGAAGCGAUCGAAACAGGUAGAAAGGCUCACGAGUGUCUGUUCAGUCCGCAGCACAUGUGCAACACUAUGUGCCAAAUGUACUUCCUUUUUAUUGGACAAUUGUGUCAUACACAUUCUGGACUGAAACUCUUCAAGCAAACAAGGCUGUAUGAAAACCUUCUAGAACUAUCAACUAAAACUCAUCAUAGCUGUUAUGUUAAGUUAGUUAUAUCGAGCUUAGACUAUACGUUAGAUUCUAGUCCGAGGGACAUUCUUGCCAAAACAUUAACAUGUAACAUAAUUGCUUCAAGACUGUAUGCAACACAGUUCCUAAACGUAUUAUUGCGUGCCUCGCGGAAAUCGAGAGAUUUAGUCCGGAAAAAGACAAAGUUAAAGAAGAAUAUUGUUCAUGACAAUUGGAAGUUCUCACAUAGGGAUGAAAUAGAUUCUAAUGGUGGAGUGGAUAUGGACACUUGGGCUCUGCAAAUGUUGGUUGGACAAGUGAAAGACGAGUCCAAAGCCGUAGUUAAAUGCGCCUUGACCAUUCUAGAAGAAGCAUAUAGCGUUCCGAUGUACAUGGAGAAACUGAUGACGAUGCGAGACACGCUGCGCCAGAACUGCCGCGUGGAGCGCGGCGCGGCGCCGGCGGCGGCGGCGGCGGCGGGCGACCGCGCCUACCUGCUGUGGCUGGGCCUGGAGGCCACGGCCGCCGCGCGCGCCGCCGACGCCGGCUCCGUUGGCUUUGUGAAGAAACAUCUGGACUUUUGGAACAAGUCUUAUAAUUACAGGUACGUGCGCCUGGUGGAGGCCGUGGUGCACGAGGCGCUGACGCCGGCGGAGGGCAGCCGGCGGCCGCGCUCGGCGCGCCGCAGCGCGCGCCCGCCGCCGCACCUCCUCGCCGCGCUGGCCGCCGCGUGCCGGCGCGGCGCGCCGCCCGCCUUCCUCAAGGGGCUGCUGGCUGCGUGUCUGCCGCACCAUUAUAAGAUUCUCCAACGGAAGAAAUGUGUAACAGAGCAAGAAAUAGUUGAUUUAAAAGCAUCUUUAUGGGCAGUCGGCAACACUGCGGUGACGCCGCAAGGCUUGCAGCAGUUGAUGAAUUUAAGUAACGGAUUUCUAGAAGAUUCUGUUCCAAUACAUAUAGUGAGAUUAGCAAAGUACAGUCCAGUUUAUUCUGUGAGGGCGACUGCGUUCUAUGUACUUGGUUUGAUCGGAAGUACAUAUGAUGGUGCCAAUUUAUUGGCAGACCUUGGAUGGCUGUGCGUGAGACACACCCGACACGACCAGUUCCCAGUGAUACCAGAUGAAAACUUCGCCCAGAUGAUGGAUCCCAACGACAACACCUUCGUGACGUCACCCGACCGACGCUUCUUCGACAUAGACUUGAGUGAACAUUCCGAUCACACAGACCAAAGUAUGGCAGAAAGUAUACAUUCGGAACACGCGAAACUAAACCGAACGAUAGGCUCGAUAUCCGUAGAGCAAGAAAAGGACCAAGAUGAAGUCGACUUCAAAACGAACUUUCUCGAACGUCCCUAUAAGAGAAAAUCGCAUACGCUACCCACUCAGGGGUCCAAUUCUCAUGAACGUUCGUUAACGGAAUCUCGAACGGUCGAUAUUUUAAGUACGAGUUACGAGCGCGGUCCAUAUCGAAUGGAGAAUAAAUUUGGAAGAAUGAAUUCCUUGGACCACACUCAUGAAGGUCGUGUGCGAAAUACGAGCGAGUCCAGUACGAGCGGUGUGAGCAGUUGCGACUCUUUCCUCGGAAAGUAUACUAUCCCCGACCGCGUGCUGAAGCUGAGCCCCAUCCCGUCGUCGUCGAGCCUGCAGGCGCGGGGCGCGGGCCCGCCGCGGCCGCGCGCGCCGCAGCGCCGCACCUCCACCUCCAGUUACACGGCGACCGACGUGGGCAGCUCGCCGCCUACUGCGAUGGAUUUGAGUGGAUAUGCAACAUUACAAUCCUUGAAUAAACACAGAAGGCCACAUUAUGUGUCAGAAAGUGCGGCGAUGUGUUCCAGUGAUAUCGACGUCAUCAGUUGGUUGCCCUACGACUCUAAUCAAAGGGCAAAGCCCUUCUCAUCUCUUCGCGACAGGGCCAAGUCUACGAGAGAGAGGAUGACUAAACUUAGUUUAUUAGAGUACGACUGGAAACCGCUCACACGAGGCGAAAGUUCCCAACGAAUGUCGGCGCCCUCUAACAGCAGCGUGCCGGCGAUACCGACCGGGCCGCGGCCUCUAUAUUACAUGGGUAUAUGCUUACCGCGAAAUCUUCUCGACUUGUUUCCUAUGGAAAACGAAGGAAAGGAGGUCGAGGGAGAUGUGGACAAGAGUGGAAAUAGAGUUGGGUCCUAUCUCGGUGACUAUACAGCAGCGGACAACCGCACGCGUACUCCCGACACUCAUAACCUGAACAUACACAAAGAUAUACACACAACGUCAAUAACCACUAACAUUCGUACAACGUCGAGCACGUUAACUACUACAACCGUAACAAACACUCCCGAACCAAAAAUACGAAUCGAAAGUACCAAAACUAAUACAGAAAGUCCUAAAAUCGAUAGCGAAAAUAAGAAAGAAAAACAAAUCGAUAUAAAUAAGGAAAUCGAUUCAAAGACGGACAAAAAAGUGGAAAGUGUUAAAGAGGAUUAUUCAGUCGGUGGGAGUGCGAGUCGUGUAUCGAGUAAAGUGUGGAGGCAUUCAGCGGCCGAUUGUCUCGCGUGUGUUAAGACGAGGCCGCCAUCUUCUCACGAACUACGUGAGGCUUUCUUUGCAGGAUUGGAGAACCCUGCAGUAGAGCCUACGGAGGGAAGUAGUGCGCAGGCGCAACUUCUACAGCAUGUGCUCUUUAUGUCUAACCCCAUACAUCUCAAACAGGCACGGUCAGCUCUGCUCGCCCUCAAGCAGCGCCACCCGGACGUGUUCCGCAGCCCCUGCGUGUACUCCGACGUGUGCGCACUACUAUCGAGGGACACCUACAUGCUGUAUGCGAGGCGUAUCCUGCAAGAACUGUUCCUAGACACCAACUUCGAUUGCUUCCACACAGAACCAGCCGCCAUAUUGGCCCGGCACCCACCUCUCACACUGCAACCUACGAUGGAAAUAACCCAA